UCGGUAGGUUUUUUCCAAACUGGUCACGCUACGAGCAAAAGCAAUUUUAUUUCACGGAAAUUUCAUUAGGUUUUCACUUGUGAAUAAAUCGCGGAAAAACGCUUAAAAAACAUACAAAUUAUAGAAAAUAAAUCGGUAAAGAACGAGAGUUAAGUGCAAAAAGCAAAUUAAACGAGUUAAAUACGUUUUUUACACCGCAAAAGCCGAACGAAUUGCAAAUUUGUUAAGGCUGCUGGUCACUAUAUGUCCAGGUCGCGUUCAUCCGCCAAAGCCGUGCAGUUUAAGCACGAAUCGGAGGAAGAGGAGGACGACGAGGAAGAGCAACUGCCAGGCAGGAGGAUGCACUCGUUCGGGGACGCUGGCGCCAUUGGAAGUGGGGUGCCGGCCUUUUUGGCGAAGUUGUGGCGCCUGGUGGACGACGGCGAUACCAAUCGCUUGAUCUGCUGGACCAAGGAUGGCCAAAGUUUUGUUAUACAAAAUCAGGCUCAAUUCGCAAAGGAAUUGCUGCCCCUAAACUACAAGCACAACAACAUGGCCAGCUUCAUUAGGCAAUUGAAUAUGUAUGGAUUUCACAAGAUCACCUCCAUUGACAACGGAGGGCUACGUUUCGAUCGCGAUGAGAUUGAGUUUUCACAUCCAUUCUUUAAGCGAAACUCUCCAUAUUUACUAGACCAAAUUAAAAGGAAAAUAUCGAACAACAAAAAUGGAGACGAUAAGAGUGCGCUAAAGCAGGAGGCCGUGUCCAAGAUACUCAGUGAUGUUAAGGUGAUGCGUGGUCGCCAAGAUAAUCUGGAUUCACGCUUCUCCGCCAUGAAGCAGGAAAACGAGGUGCUGUGGCGCGAGAUUGCUAGCCUGCGUCAGAAGCACGCAAAGCAGCAGCAGAUAGUCAACAAACUGAUCCAGUUCCUAAUCUCUAUCGUGCAACCAUCGCGCAACAUGUCUGGGGUUAAGCGUCAUAUGCAGUUAAUGAUCAAUGAUACUCCCGAGAACGAUCGCGCACGCACAACCAGCGAGACAGAAAGUGAGGGUGGCGGCGGCCCAGUCAUCCACGAGCUUAGCGAGGAGCUGCUCGACGAGGUGAUGAAUCCCUCGCCGGUUGGCUACGCUACAGCAUCGCAGUACGAUCAGGAAAGCGUCUCCCCUCUGGCUGUUGAGCGACCGCGUUCAAAUAUAAGCGUUAGUUCGCACAAUGUUGAUUAUUCGAAUCAGAGUGUCGAAGACUUACUGCUCCAGGGCAACGGCGCUCCUGGUAGUAAUAUUUUGGUUGGCGGUGCCGCUUCUCCGCUGGCAUCCAGUGUAAGUCAAUCGCCGGCCCAGCAAGUUGUCUACACGGUUACGGAGGCCCCCGAUUCUCAUGUUCAGGAAAUGCCCAAUAGUCCGCCGUUUAACGAAGAGCAGAACGUGCUUACCACGCCUAUGGUACGAGAGCAAGAGCAAAAGCGUCAGCAGCUUAAGGAGAAGAACAAGCUGCGAAGACAAGCAGGAGAUGUUACAAUCGAUAAUGGCGAGAUUCUGGUGGAAGGUGUUUCAUCAAAGGUGCAGCGUGCGGGCUCUCAGAUUAAUGCGCAAUCUAACACAAUUGUCCAACCAAUAAUGAUUAAGUCUGAGCCGGAGAACAACUCUGGACUGAUUGAUCUAAUGACUCCCUCAAACUCUGAUCUAUACAAUGUAAACUUCAUCAGUCAAGACAUGCCCACGGACAUUUUUGAAGAUUCUUCUUUGAUUCCCGCUGGCGUGGAUGAGGCAGCAAAGUUGGAUCAGCAACAAAAGUUUGGACAAUCGACUGUAAACAGCGGCAAGUUUGCUAGCAACUUUGAUGUGCCUAGCAACAGUACUAUGCUGGAUGCUGAUCAGGCUUCGACUUCCAAGGCGGCGGCCAAGGCACAAGCAACGGAGGAUGAGGCAAUGGCUGUAGCCAAAUACACGGGCAACGAGAACGGAUCUACGCGAGAUCCCAACAACGGCCAACUUCUUAGAAUGCCUUCAGUGUUAGUAGACAAGAAGACUUCAAAUCCAAGCAAGACAAGCCAUAAUCAAGAAGCAAAUUCUUACUGUUGCAGUGAUGAUCUCCACGGACAUUUGGACAGCAUGCAAGAUGAGCUGGAAACACUGAAGGAUUUGCUACGGGGCGACGGGGUGGCCAUUGAUCAGAACAUGCUUUUGGGUGCGCCUGGCAGGACGCCCAUUUUUCAGUUGACCGAGGACGAGCUGCUUCUAAAGCUCUUCAAUGACUCGGAUUUAAUGGACAACUAUGGCCUAUCUUUUCCCAAUGACAGCAUAAGCAGUGAAAAGAAAGCGCCAAGUGGCUCAGAAUUGAUUUCGUAUCAGCCCAUGUAUGAUCUUUCCGACAUUCUGGAUACGGACGAUGGAAACAAAGAUCAGGAGGCCGGCACUCGCCAGCUGCAGACGCAGAGCUCUGUCUUAAAUACGCCACGUCAUGAGUUGUAACUUAUAUUAAGUAGUAGCAGCUAAGGCGAUUAUCUGGCGAACAAACUGUUUUUAGUAUAUAUGUAAUGGAAUCAAUCUUACAUGUUAAUUUUCUUCACUCUGUCUAACCUUUUAGUUGAUUCUUACUAUAAUUAUAUUAUUAAUCACCAUAAUCAUAUUAAUGAUGCUGUAUAUGCCUUACGCACUAUAUAUAUGAUAUAUAGACUAACCAGUUCUUGUUGUAGAAAGACUCGAAGAAUCAGUUAAUUUUUAGAUGUAUUUUGUAUCUGGGGAUUUUGCGAGCCUCGGGCUCAGGUCGAAGAUUUUUAGUUUGCACUAACCGAUCGAGAAGAAUAAAUGCUGUUCAGAUCGUAGACGAUUUAAGAUCGCACGCUAUAGGGUAUACGUUUUACAUACUACUUUUAUUAAUCGAUAAUAAAUUGUUUUAAGCUGCGUUGAGCUGCAAAUGAA